GGCAGCUGUAGUGCCGGGCGGGGCUGGCGGCUGCGGCGGUGGAGGGGAAGGAGGAGGUGGAGGCGCGGAAUAUGGCGGACGGCGUGGACCACAUAGACAUCUACGCCGAUGUGGGAGAGGAAUUUAACCAGGAGGCUGAAUAUGGUGGGCAUGAUCAAAUAGAUCUGUACGACGACGUCAUUUCUCCAUCUGCCAAUAACGGCGAUGCUCCAGAGGAUCGUGAUUAUAUGGACUCUCUUCCACCAUCUGUUGGAGAUGAUGUAGGCAAAGGAUCAGCACCAAAUGUUGUCUACACGUAUACAGGAAAGAGAAUUGCAUUAUAUAUUGGGAAUCUUACUUGGUGGACAACAGAUGAAGAUCUAACUGAAGCAGUUCAUUCACUUGGCGUAAAUGAUAUUUUGGAGAUAAAAUUUUUUGAGAACCGUGCUAAUGGCCAGUCUAAGGGGUUUGCUCUUGUAGGUGUAGGAUCUGAAGCAUCUUCCAAAAAACUGAUGGAUCUAUUACCAAAAAGAGAAUUGCAUGGUCAAAAUCCUGUUGUAACUCCAUGCAAUAAACAAUUUCUGAGUCAAUUUGAAUUGCAGUCAAGAAAAACUACACAGUCAGGGCAGAUGUCUGGUGAAGGAAAAGCUGGUCCUCCAGGAGGGGGUUCAAGAGCAACAUUUCCACCGAGUAACAGAGGGAGGGGUCGUUUUCCAGGUGCCCUUCCUGGAGGGGACAGAUUUCCUGGACCAGCUGGACCAGGAGGACCUCCCCCACCCUUUCCAGCUGGACAGACUCCACCACGUCCGCCUCUAGGUCCUCCUGGCCCACCAGGCCCGCCAGGUCCUCCUCCACCUGGCCAGGUUCUACCUCCUCCAUUAACUGGUCCUCCUAAUCGUGGUGACCGCCCUCCUCCUCCUGUUCUGUUUCCAGGCCAGCCCUUUGGUCAGCCUCCACUGGGCCCCCUUCCUCCUGGUCCUCCACCUCCAGUUCCAGGCUAUGGUCCUCCACCAGGUCCUCCACCCCCACAGCAAGGUCCUCCACCGCCUCCAGGCCCUUUUCCACCUCGACCCCCUGGUCCAUUAGGGCCACCCCUGACAUUGGCUCCUCCUCCUCACCUACCUGGGCCACCACCAGGUGCUCCUCCACCAGCCCCACACGUGAAUCCAGCUUUCUUCCCCCCACCAGCCAACAGUGGUAUACCUACAUCAGACAGCCGUGGUCCACCACCUUCAGACCCAUAUGGCCGACCUCCACCAUAUGACAGAGGUGAUUAUGGGCCACCAGGCAGGCGUUUCACUGGAAAUAACAUGUCCAUAAGAGAACAAUUACAUAUGCCAUUGUAUUGGAGACAAACGAAAAAUAAUACUCAAAACGCAGGGAGAGAAAUAGAUGCUGCAAGGACUCCUUUAAGUGAAGCAGAAUUUGAAGAAAUUAUGAAUAGAAAUAGGGCAAUAUCUAGCAGUGCCAUUUCAAGAGCUGUAUCAGAUGCAAGUGCUGCGGAGUAUGGAAGUGCUAUAGAAACCUUGGUGACUGCAAUUUCAUUAAUAAAACAGUCCAAAGUAUCUGCUGAUGAUCGUUGUAAAGUACUUAUUAGCUCUCUGCAAGAUUGCCUGCAUGGAAUUGAGUCAAAAUCUUAUGGUUCUGGGUCAAGAAGACGUGAGCGGUCAAGGGAGAGAGACCACAGCAGGUCAAGAGAGAAAAGCCGUCGCCACAAAUCCCGUAGCAGAGAUCGCCAUGAUGAUUACUAUCGGGAAAGAAGCCGUGAACGUGAGAGACAUCGUGACCGUGAUAGAGACCGUGACAGAGAGCGUGAUAGAGAACGAGAGUAUCGCCAUCGUUAAGAGCUGAAGGAAGAGGAACACCUCAUCAGACAAGAAUCUUAAACUUCGUGGAAAGAGGCUUGUCCAGCAGUUUGCUUCUUGUGAUCGAACAGAGCCUGUAAAGAUUCAUGGAUAAAAUGAACAGGAAUAGAUCUGAAUAAGGCAAAUCUGCAUACAUGGUAACCAGUAGCUCUCUUACCUUUUUAUGUUGCUUAGCUGUUUUAUUUGAAGGAACCUGUGUGAUUUAAAACAUAUAGCUUUUUGCAACUUUAUUACUGGUUAUAUACAUUUGACAAUUAAAAUGUGCAAGCAAUUGGAAAAAGUCAAGUAAAAGCUUGUUUUUAUAGUAGUUGGUUCUUGUUUAAAUGUUACAAUGAUGUCUGUAAAGAGCACCAAUUUGAUUACAAUAGAUGUAGUGUUGUAAUAAACUGUUUAAUGGGGCUGAUGUGUAAAGCUGUUCAAGUUAUUUGAUGUUUACACCUCAGGGAGCGUCUUGUGUUCAGCAAUAUUUAAUGGUGUUAAAAAUGUCUCUUAACAAACCAUUGCAUUUUUUCUUUUUGCAUAUGCAUCAACUUAAUUGUAUUUGGUGAAUGAAUAGCAGUUGUGUCCAACACUUGAUGUUGAUACUAGAAUAGUGGUUACAUCAUCAAUAUGUAGGCUUUUUAAAAAUAAAUUGCUUGUGAAUUUGCUGAAAGGUGUGUAAAACUGUAAAAACUGUAGAUUAACAUUCUAUGAUCUAAGUAGACUAAAUUUUUUUCUGAAAUGAUGAAAUCUGAAUAUGAAUUUUAGUGUACUGAAGCGUGUCUUUGCAAUAUGAAACACUAAAUGCCAUAAUUUAUUAAAACAUGAAAUUGGAAAAAUAAUUGGCCACUUUUCAAAUGUUACUGCAGUGAUUUACAGUUUUUAGCGCUAAUGUUAUAACCUGCUUCCAGAGCCCUAGGCAGUUUGUACAUUAGAUGUAUGACAGUUAAAAAUGACUGAAAAUAUGUUUCCCUUUAAAAAAAAAUCUGUAUUUCAAAUAGGCCUUUUUAAGCAACAGAAUUGACUCAUGUAAGGAGAGGAAGCACAUAUACAUUCUUUGUAUAACUAUGAUAGUAAUUUGCCUUAACAAAUAGAUGGAGAUUGCAAUUCACAAACUAAAGAAAGUAGAUUUUACACAUAGGUUGGAUAAAUACAUUGCUUGCUUUGUAGAUAAAUAUCCUUUUAAAAAACAGAAUUUUCCAGGUUUCACUAGUAUCUCCAUAGUUUGUAUUUAUUUCAAUACUAUUAUGAUUUUUAAAGUUCAAGCAAUCAAUUCCUCAGUUCUUGUAUAUAUGACCAUUGAAUUAGUGGUAAAAGUUUAUAUAAAGCAUUAUGGGAGCAAUAAUGCUUUAUAUAUUGCCUCUCAGACUGGGGAGGGGCCAUAGGAUUAUUCAGAGUCCCAGUUCAAGUCCUGUGACUUUCAUCCUAGCAUUCUGAAGGCUGAGCUCCACCCCAUUCAUAGCUGACAUGGAAAGAACUAGGCUGGCUGCCUCUCCCAGGUUGGACAUUGACCCUGGAGAGGAGGGAAAAAGGGUGCGUUGGAGACAUGGAGAGAAGAGACUGGGACAAGGUUUCCCUCCAUAGGGCUUCAUCUAGACAGUCAAAAACAGCCAUCUAAACUUAAUACCAGGGGCUGUGUUUGUGAAGAUCACUACCACUGUACCUUGUGCCCUGCACUGUGCGCACAGAAGCUUCUGAGUUUAGAGGCUUAUGUGCAUUGAGAUGGGCACAACAGGAUUGUGCUAUAUGAUAUGUAAUAGUCAAUUCUGUCACUUGAAAUAUAAAUUUAGUCAGUCGAAAUUAAAUGAAGACCGCCUUUUACAGCAUUGAACUUGAGCUUACCACCAAGUGUAUACUGACAGGGAACCAUGACCCAUCCUGGCUUUAUAGUUAGUGCGUUUCUAUAAAGUGUUUCAAAAGUAAGUUUGUUGUAUUUACUCCUAUUUAGGUCUACAUAUGAAACAAAAGUAUAGAACUAGCACAUUAAAAAGCUCUUGUGCAACAAUUGUAUGCAGUUACUGGCAAUUAAGUUAUGCUGAACUUUGUAGGGUUAGUUCUGAAUAGACUUGCAUAACAUUGGGCUAUUAGGCUUAGCUCUGUUCAGGUAUUCUAAACUUGAAUAAGGUAAACACACAAGGGGAGGGAGUGUUUCCACCCCUCUCAAAUCCCUUGUUUUGUCACCUUCUAAUGGAGGGCAGCUGUCUAAAGAGGAAAACUUCCUCUAUCAUGGACUUGCUCUGAAUGAGCCAAAAUGCUCAUUCAGAGUAUUUUGGCUUACGUGGAGAACCCCAUGAUUUGAUGGGGUUUUGUAGCUUCAGAUUGACACCUGCCAUGAACAAAGAGUGACAUAUGUUAAAAGAGAAAGAGAUAGGGCUGGAGGACUCCUUCCCUUCUUGUGUCUAUCAUGUUCAGAUUUAAAGCAUGUAAUCUGGGUUUUAAUGUUUUUCUAAUCAUGGAAGCAUUCAAAUUACUGCGUUGGGUCCGGUGAGAUCAGUGGGACCCAAGAGUAGUUUAAGGCCAAUUGACUUCAGUGAGUCUGCUCUAAGCAUGAAUGAAACUGCAACCAGCCCAUUUUCUGAAAUGGCUGCACUGAGUAAAGAAUUAACUUGUUAUUUCUGACCAAUAUAUCUUGAAUUGUGUGUAAUUGAAGUUGUGUGGGUGUGUCAACAAACUUUUUGUGGUGAAUGUUAAUGACUAAUAUAAAAGGUGCCUCUUUAAUUUUUGUACACUGAAAGUUCUCUCAUGAUCCAUUCCUUCUUUGUUAAUAGGUUUUGUUGAUCUACCACAUUACUUUUGUGAACUUCUUAACAUUACUUAUGUGAAGUUUUUUUUAUCUCCUUUGAGAAUAUUACCUUGGAUUAUUUUACACAGUUGGGUAUUGUAAGGAUGGUAAUUCCAAAAUUCACUUUUGCCUCUGACAUUAUAUAUUGAAUGUGAGGUCCAGACAUGGAAGUGAAUUGAAGCGAAAUAACAAGACUUUUGGGUUCUUAUGAGUUUUUCACUCUGGAAUAAGUGAUCAUGUAAACAUUGGGGUUAUUUCUUGUGUAGAGAUUAAUAGGAUUGCAGAGUUUCCUAAAAGAAAAUAAUGUGUUAAUAAUUCAAGAUAAUCAGGAAAUGAGAUAUUGCUGAUGAACUUCAGAAUAGCUUGUUUAUGUUAGAUGGUAAUCCCAAUCCUAAGAAGUUCAGUGUAGUGUUGCUUUUAAUAAGUUGGGGUGUGGGCAAGGCAUCUGGAUUCAAUUGUACUGGAAAUAACAAGAGUUGAAGGAGCUGCAGGUAAGUUAGAUGUGCAUAUGGAUAACAUUUUAUUUCAAAUAUUCAGUUACCAAAAUGGAAUUAAUUUUAAACCAUAAUUUAACUUUGUGUAGUUUACAGUUUACCACUGAACAGUGGAUAUAUUGUUGUGUAUGAAUUGUCUUACAUUUUCUCCUCAAGAUUUCCAUUGCUGGCAAUGGUUCUGCCAAAAAUCAGAAUACAAAUGAUUUUUGAUAACUUUUUGAUAUGUGUAGGCUGAACAUUUCUAACUAGUGGGGUACUGAUUAGUCUGAAUAGUUGUCUUGUACAUUUUAUCAAAUGAGAAUUUUUCCAUUUUUCUCAAAACAGUUUUUUAAAGAAGUCCAAAGAUACUUAGACAAAGGAAGUGAAGGCAUUCCGUUUGUGUUAAGCUCUAGAAAGAAACCUGUAUAUUAUUUUCCAGUAAAUAAAGUUGAGUUUGCUUAGGAGAUUAUAUAAUGUAUACCCACCAGAUAAUAACUAAAAUCUGAGUAGCAUAUGGGCUGCUACUAUAGUGGGAGUUGGAGACUAUAUGUAAUCUGCUUCUGCUACAGAAAUGUAAAUAACCAGCAGGAAGGUUCUUGAUGUUCUGUAUAUAAGUUUUCAUAGAUAAAUUUGUUAGCAUUUUAUGGCCUCUUCCAGAAAACCAUUACCUAGUUUCUUGAUUAGUGCCCUGAUCCUGAAUAUUUGUACUGACACCUGACUGCCACACCCCUGUAACAUAGUUUAUAAUGUUGUGUACAGUUGUAGAAGUUGUUACUUCUGACACCAACCAUAGAUGAAGCUGGUGCAGCAAAUUAAGUAGGUUCCAUUGUCCUGAGAUGCUAAUAGUAAUACUUGGACAGCUUCUGAAGAAAAUAUUUUUAGGCAAAGCAGUUUCAAAUCAAGUGCUGAAAAAACAUGUACGGCCUUUUAUUGAUUUUUUUAAAAAUAUUGCACUAAUAACUUAAAUCAGAUGUCAGACCUGGUAGCCUGCUAAGCAAACAUUGCAGUAGGCAUAAUGAUGCAUGGUAUUUAUGUUUAGUGUUCUGAGCAAUUUUGAGAGGGAACAUCCUGAUUAGAAUGUGUGUUAAGAAUACUUUUGAUCAUUCUCAGUUUGUGUUUAGUUGCAUAUUUGAGUCUUGUUUUCCCAUCAAUAUGAAUUGCAGGUUUUUAAUGUAUGUAUUGCCUUUAGUUUAAACUAAACUUGUAAAUAUUGGGCAAUGUUUCAUUUCUCAGUCAUGUACAGUUCAAGACACUUCCCAAGUUUUAUAUAUAGGAUUUUGCUAGUAACAUUGUUUACUUGUUUGGUGCAGAAUUAUGUGGAGACAUACAGCCUUAAAAUGCAGCUUUUAAUGUUACAGCAUUAAAUAUCCUCGUAAAAUAUACACCACUACUAUUUCAA